AUGGCGAAUUUCUUCGACAAUAAGGCUCGGGCAGCCAAUGCAGCGUCGUCUUCCUCUUCGAAACCAAAACAGAGUUCUGCGACGGCGGAGCGGGCGCAGCCAUGGGUGGAGAAGUACAGACCGAAGGAUCUGAGCGAGGUCAAGGCCCAGGAUCAUGUGGUCGAUGUCUUGAGGCGUAUGCUGAAUUAUGGCAACUUGCCUCAUCUCCUUCUAUAUGGUCCGCCGGGCAAUGGCAAAACGUCCACUAUCAUCGCUCUAUGUAGAGAGUUGUAUGGACCUUUACUCUAUAACUCGAGGGUUUUAACAUUGAACGCUUCGGACGACCGCGGUAUCUCGAUCAUUCGGACGAAAGUCAAGGAUUUCAGCAGGCUUCAAUUAUCCAACGCCCCUAUCAGUGAAGAAUACCGGAAGCUUUACCCUUGCCCUCCAUUCAGAAUCUGUGUUCUUGAUGAAGCGGAUGCAUUGAGUCAGGACGCACAAGCAGCCCUACGUCGAGUGAUGGAGAUUCACAGCACCACCACCAGGUGCUCGAAAUUCAGAUUCAAGACACUGGCCGGGGUGGAUGCCAGUGCUCGCCUAGCCGAAAUUGCAGUGAAGGAGGAUGUGAAGUACGAGGACGGAGUUAUACAGAGACUACUCGAAGUUUCCGAGGGAGAUAUGCGCCGAGCAGUCACAUACCUCCAAAGCAGCUUCAACCUCACAUCGGCUGGGGCGACAGCUUCCGCAAAAGGCAAGAGGGGAAAGAAGUUGGUCCAAUCCGAUGACUCGGAUGAAGAGAUGACAGACGCUCCAAGCAGGACUGCGCCUGUCAUUGUCACAAUCCGGACGGUAGAAGAGGUCGCAGGAGUGAUUGCCACUUCGGUGAUACAGGAUCUGGUCUCAGCAAUGCAGCCCUCGAAGCGUGGCGCCAUUUACGAAACCGUGUCGAAGCAAAUCACCGCCAUGGUCGCUGAUGGGUGGAGCGCAAAUCAGGUUCUCUCUCAGCUCUACACUCUACUCAUUGCAGAUGAGACUCUAGACAGUCGAAAAAAGUUAAAAAUCUUUGCCAUCUUCAGCGAAGUAGAUAAGUCCUUGGUUGAUGGCUCGGACGAGCACUUGACUGCAUUAGACCUCGCGUUACGAGUGGCCAGCGUGCUUGGGGAGAUGAAAUAG